UUGGUCCUUGUCGUCGUUGUUUUUGCGUUGGGAAGUAAAAUCGCAUCGUUCCAUCUUCAUCGUUUGUUCAAUCAUUCUGGAGGCUUGAACCUGAGAAAAAGAGGAGGAAGAAGAAGAAGCCCUAAAUCCAAAUCUAAAUCCAAAUCAGAAUCUGAAUCAAAAGAAAGAUGCUGCGAAUUGCAGGGAAGAGAUUGUCGUCGUCAGCGAUUCCAUGGCUGAGGCCUCUCCAGACAACAACAGCCUCAGCUUCUUCUCUCAUAUCUCCCAAUCCAAGAGAUGAUCGCCAUUCCUCUUCUUCUAGAUCUCCCUCCUUCUUCUCCUCCUCUUUCAAUCCUCACGCUCUUUCUGCUUUUCUCAGAGGAUUUUCUUGUGAAGCUCUUGUUCCUGGACAUGAUAUUGGAGCGAUCUCUGAACUUCCAGCUACUGUUGCAGCCGUGAAGAACCCCACUUCAAAAAUCGUGUAUGAUGAGCAUAACCAUGAACGUUAUCCACCUGGUGACCCCAGCAAGCGCGCAUUUGCCUAUUUUGUCCUAACAGGUGGGAGGUUCGUCUAUGCCUCCUUGAUCCGGCUUUUGAUCCUCAAGUUUGUUCUCAGCAUGUCUGCCAGUAAAGAUGUCCUUGCACUUGCUUCCGUAGAGGUUGACCUGUCCAGCAUUGAGACCGGCACUACUGUUACAGUCAAGUGGCGAGGAAAGCCGGUUUUUAUCAGGCGUCGAACUGAAGAUGACAUCAACUUGGCCAAUAGCGUCGAUGUUGGCUCCCUUCGUCACCCGCAAGAGGACUCGGAGAGGGUUAAGAACCCGGAGUGGCUUGUUGUUAUUGGGGUCUGCACUCACUUGGGUUGCAUCCCCUUGCCAAAUGCUGGUGACUUUGGUGGUUGGUUUUGCCCGUGCCAUGGUUCGCACUAUGACAUUUCUGGCAGGAUCCGCAAGGGGCCUGCACCAUACAAUCUAGAGGUACCCACUUACAGCUUCUUGAGCGAGAACAAGCUGCUCAUUGGGUGAGAAUUGAUAAAGAAGGAUCAUUUUCUGGAGCAGUUUUUCUUUUAUGAGAUUUCAUAAAUGAUACAUUUCUCCGUAUCGGAGGAGAACUUGAAAGUUUAGAACUUUCUUAUUUUUGCCUGUUGGGACAUGCUUUAAUUAUUCAAAUUUUGUAUCUGCUGUCCGGUUCAGGACAGGUGUCGUUUGUCUUGAAUAAUACACAACUGAUUUUUUUUUUUUGA